AUAGACAAGUUUUUCCGGAAAACAAAAACAUGUUUGGUAGAUUACAAAUAUUAAAAAUUUCGAAUUUCUCCAAAUAAAUUAGUCUAAAGAUAAUUUUCGUUUUUUUGCCCCCCUAAAUCUGUUCUUUUCCUUGUUGGAUUAUUGCAUCUCAUUGUCACGCUGUCAGUAUCUGCAUCCUAUCUUCUCUUCAAUCAUUUCCGCUCUUUAAAUUGAAAUUCAGUUUAGUACCGAAAUUUCUCUUUAAUCUUUUCAAUGCAUCUUCAAACCCAAUCUCUCACUGCUAACUUUUCUCUUCUUCAACUCACUCUCACAAAACCCACGGCCAAACUCCAAUUCACUCUUCCAAAGCGCCAAUUCUCGGUAAAAUGCUCUGUUUCCACUGUCUCAGACCCUGCCCAUGUGGGUUUCUCCUCCAAUGACAAGCCGUCUCCUGCCGAGGUUUCAAGAACCAUCAUGGAGUUGUCUUCAGUUGGGACUCUUUCUACUUUGACUAACGACACUUGGCCACUCGGUGUUGGUGUUCGCUUUGCCGUUGACGAUGAUGGGACUCCGGUUUUGUGCUUGAGUGACUCUCGUAACCACAUCUCUGUUGACAAGAGGUCUAGCCUUCACGUUCAGUUGGAACAGUGUGGAAUGCGGACUCCGCAGUGUACAAUUCAAGGUAGCCUCCACAAGCCAGAGGACAAGAAGGUUUUGAAGUGGCGUCAAUCAAUGUGGAAAAAGAGGUUUGGAGAAGAUGUGGACGAUGAGCGCAUAUAUAGUAUCAACGUGGAGCGGGUACUUCAAAUGGAAGACAUAAUGGAGGACGGUGUAUGGGUCACUUCAUCAGAUUAUAGAAAUGCCAGCCCUGAUCCACUUAGAGAGUUUGCAGAAGCAGUUGUUAAUGAGAUAAAUGCCAAAAACAUUGAAGAUGUUCACCGGUUUUGCAAUAUAUUCGUUGAUUUGGAUUUCCAGGUUACGGAAGCGAAGAUGAUAUGGGUUGAUAGGCUGGGUUUCGACAUGCGACUCUACUGCCCUCAGAAAGGUGUUUUUGAUGUCCGAAUUCCUUUCCCAAGAGAAGUGACUGAUGUAAAGGGUGCAAAGUCCUCAUUCAAUGGUAUGUCACAACUUGCUUGGGAAGUGGAAAAAAACUAUAAUAUGCCUGAUUUUAAGAGGGUGAAACAGUUGAAAAGGAUAACAUAUAGGGGAUUGUAAAAUAGGAUUUUUGUCUCAGGAGUUUUUUGUGAAAUAAUGUGUUAGGAGUGAGAUGGAAAUAAUUUCUUCUUCAGACAAACAAAUCUGAUGCUUUUGUGGGUUUAAUUUUUCUCACAUGCGGUUUAAUGAUUGAGUUCUAAUGAGCUUACUAUAAUCUCAAUUUCUAGUUCUUUAUUUUGUUCA